CCUUUCGCUUCCUAAAGGAGGUGGAGUCAGGUGGGGAGGGAGAAGAAAGAGGAGCGUAGGGAAAAGGAGCAAAAGGCAAACAACGGAAACGGAGAACGGCGGAGCAAUUGCCUGAAUUUAAAUUAAACAAGAAUAUAGUUGCUGAGAGAAAAGAAGAAGAAACCAAGAUGAUAACGCCCUACUUCCUAGAGAAUUUCUGGGGUGAAAAAAACAAUGGAUUUGAUGUCCUCUACCAUAACAUGAAGCAUGGCCAAAUCUCCUCCAAGGAACUUACUGAUUUCAUCAGAGAAAGGGCUACCAUAGAAGAGGUCUAUGCCAGGUCAAUGACCAAACUUGCCAAGUCAGCUGGCAACUUCUCUCAGCUUGGGACGUUUGCCCCGGUGUGGGAUGUGUUUAAGACGUCCACAGAGAAGCUGGCCAGCUGCCACCUGGAGCUAGUGAGGAAGCUACAGGAGCUUAUCAAAGAUGUGCAGAAGUAUGUGGACGAUCAGGCCAAGGUCCACAAAAAGACGAAGGAGGAGGUGGCAUCCACUAAUGGGGCAGUACAGACCAUCCAGACAACCGGGGUGGCCUUACAGAAGUCCAAGGAGAACUACAACGCCAAAACUGUGGAUCAGGAGAGACUCCGCAAGGAGGGAGCCACACAGAGAGAAGUGGACAAGGCGGGAGUCAAGGCCAAGAAAGCCACAGAAGCCUACAAGGGCCUUGUGGAGAAAUACGCCACAGCCAAGUCCGAGUUUGAACAGAAGAUGGCUGAAACUGCGCAGAAAUUUCAGAACAUCGAGGAGAGCCACAUCGUUCACAUGAAGGAUAUCAUUCAGUCGUACGCACAAUCUGUUGACGAGACACACGUUCAGAUUGGAGAGGUCCAUACAGAGUUUUUGGGGAACAUGGAGAACACCUCUGUGGAGAGCUUGAUACUGAAACUGGCUGAAAGUAAAGGAACGGGCAAAGAGAGACCAGGUCCUAUUGAGUUUGAGGAGUGCAACACUGCCAUCGCCACUGAAGGAGCCAAACCCAGAAAGAGAAAAACAUAUGCGUUCCCUGGCCGCCGGAAAGACAACAAGGACACAGACUCCACGGAGUCGACAGAAGUUGAAGCUGCUAAUAAUGCCAACGGAGCUCCUCCUGGGUACUAUGGCACCAUAGACUUCCAGAACGCUAAUGUCCCCACGGUUGACGAAGAUGGCUUCUGUAUCAGACCGGAAGACCGCAACGAAAAUGAUGCCAAAGAGAACUCGUUCUAUUCAUCGAGUGACUCGGAGGAUGAGGAUGAACCCAGGAAGUUCCGCGUGGAGAUCAAGCCGGUGGCGCCCAACAACGGGACGCACCAGAGCCGAGCCACCAUCGACGAACUCAAGGCCUCCAUCGGAAACAUCAGCCUGUCGCCACCAACCACGGGUCAGUUGCGACGGAAUCAAUCCAGGCUUUUAGGAGUGUAUUCCACCCCAGGGUUAGGCUCUCAGAUGCCAGGCGAUGAGUUGGGAAAGACCAGGAUUCCAGCGUCUUUCAACGACAGUAGGACUGCUUUCAAUAUUGACCUUCUCUCUCUGGAUCCUUUCGGCCCGACCCUGGGAGGCUCCUCCUCAUCGACAGCUGAAGUGAUAUUACAACGAGAGCUCUCCUCUCCCCCACUGGCAGACAGCUUGCAGACCAAAGGAGAGGUCACCCCUCUCCCUCCCCUUGCCUCCACCACCACUAAUACCUUCUCUCCAUGGGAGGCCUCACCGGACGACCCCUUCCUGGCUCUGAAACCCAUCCCAGCCCGAGCCCAGAGUGCCCCCAUCACCCGGCAGGCUGAGCCCCUAGACCCCCAGGAUCCAACCCCUGCAGCCACAGCCAGGCUCCCUCAGGGAGAGGACCAGUCAGCAUUCUCCUGGUCCCAGAGCCAGUGGAUAGCCUUCAACGAUGACUUUGUGCCAUUCCGACGCCAACAGAGUUGCAGUCCUGGUACAAGUACAGGCCCGGUCAGCCAUGACCGGACCCAGUCAAACCCCUCUACCAGCAGGACCCAGUCUAACCCUCCUAUUGACAGGGUCCAGUCUGGUAGGUCCAUCCGUUUCUUCUCUGAGGACCCUGCUGACCCCUAUAACAAGAUGCCGCUGAGCAGUGGGGUUGUGGAGGACAGCGCCUCCUGUGUCUCGGAGGUGUUAUCAGCACUGACAGAGGGGAUGGUAGCCUCAGCAGCUAGCCAAACAAACAACGUACCUGCCCUGGCCAGACCCAAUACUCCUCUAGCUGGAGCCCUGGUGCCUCCUCCACGACCCUCCUCCAGACCCAAACUACCCACAGGAAAACUCACAGGAAUCACUGAAAUUGUGCGGCCGUUCAGCCCGCCAAAGACGUUGUCCAACGCCAGUCUUUCUCUGGCUGCUCCCCUCGCCCGGGCAGAGAGCUCCUCCUCCCUGUCCUCCACCGCCUCCCUCAGUGCCUCCAACACACCCACCGUGGGGUCUGAGCAUACCUUUCGUCUCUCCCGCUCCUCUCCGGAACCAGAGUUCCUCCUUUCUCCCUCUCCUCUGUUUCUCCUCAGCCAAAAGGAUGAUGGUUUCAUUGGGAAGCUGCCCACCUUUGAGAAGCGCUGUGAAACGCCUGCAGGGACAUCUCGCGGUCCCAGCCCGGUGACCCUGGCAUCCCAGGAUGCCUUGCCCAUCGCUGUGGCCUUCACAGAGUCUGUUAAUGCCUACUUCAAAGGAGCUGAUCCCACUAAGUGCAUAGUAAAGAUCACUGGUGACAUGACCCUGUCCUUCCCCAUGGGUAUCAUCAAGGUGUUCACCAGUAACCCCUCCCCUGCCGUGCUCACCUUCAAACUGAAGAGCACGUCCAAACUGGAGCAGAUCCUCCCCAACCAGACACUACUGUUCAGUGAUCCCUCGCAAAGUGACACUAAUACCAAGGACUUUUGGUUCAACAUGCAAGCUCUCACAUCCUACCUCAGGAAAGCAUCAGAGCAGAACCCUGCUGCAUCCUACUACAAUGUGGACAUCCUCAAAUACCAGGUGUCCUCUAAUGGGAUCCAGUCCACCCCUCUGAACCUGGCAGUGUACUGGAAGUGUACCCCCACCACCACUGACCUGAGGCUGGACUACCGUUACAACCCAGAGUCCAUGCUCUGCCCCGGCCCUCUUUCCAACGUACAGGUCCUAGUGCCUGUAGACGGAGAGGUCAUCAACAUGCAGUCCCUGCCCAAUGCUGUCUGGAACUCAGAGCUGAAUAAGUCUCUAUGGAAGCUGAGUGAUAUCUCAGAGAAGUCUGAUAAUGAAGGCUCGGGGUCUCUGAGAGCUAAGUUUGAGCUGUCGGACGGCCCGUCCACCCCAACCACCCUGGCUGUGCAGUUUAUGAGCGAGGGGAGCACGCUGUCAGGGGUGGACAUGGAGCUGUUGGGAGUCGGGUACAGACUGUCCCUCAAUAAGAAGAGGUUUGCCACAGGUCGUUACAUGGCAGACUGUUGAGUAGGCACACUGGCCUGGACCCCCAAGCACAACGGCUCUAUUGAAAGUUUUUAUUUUCAAUAGUUUAGUCUUUUUUGUCAUAUUUAUGGAAAGGGAGGGUUAGAGGGGAGAGGUGCAAGCGAAUACAACAGGUUUUUGUGACACAUCCAGACAUUUUGUAAACCGUCUUAAUAUUAUGUCCCAAUGGACCCAUCUGUCCCCGGGAAGAGAGCUUCUUACUGCAGUAAAGCAGCACUGAGUAUUGAACACUGUUUUUUUUUUUAUAAUAAAAUCAAAAUAAACGUUGGGCUGUCAGGAAAUGUAAAGGUAUAGAUAUUGAGAAGUGUAAUGCUUUCUGAUUUAAUUCAGACUUUUAUAAAGUCAGAAUCGUAGUGUUUUGUUAUGUAUAGGUGACAAUGUAUGGCUUAUAUAUAAAUAUAUAUAUAUUAUAUCAACAACAACAAAAAAAUGGGGGAAAAUUCUGCACUAACAAUCUUUCCGGACAUUUUAUUUUCUCCUUUGUAAAUGUUCUGUGUAUUCCACUGAAGCUCUUGAGUAACAAAGAUUUUGUGUAAAACAGUGAGAAGAGAAGAUGUGAGUAGAGGAGUGGAAAGGCCAAACUAUCUUCCCUCACCCCCUCUCCUUCUCUUCUCCAGUCGAAAUACGGUCGCUGAGUAUUGUACUUUGCAAGACUUAACUCGAGAUCUCUUUUUACAGAUUUUUUUUUUCUGGGCUCUUCCUAUUCUGAUUGUGUGCAAUGAAGAAAUUGAAGUAGAAGCUGUCUUAAACUAAACAGCUUCUCUAAAACUGUCAUAGCACAAGCUUAAUUGGUUGUGUGUUGCUUCAGACAACCAUACAAAGUACAAUUUAAGUGUUCUCGUUCAAAGGCAAAAAACAAUUUGUGUGCUGCACGUUUCGUCACAAUAUUGUUUUGAACAUUGGUUUUAGGACUGAUGCCUGACUGAUCAUUCCACUCAAUGCAUUGUCAAUUGGUGCUGAUGAAUAUUUAAUCAAAAGUGCAUUACAGUGGCUUGGAAAUAUAAUUACAUUACUAAAGAAGGAAAAUAAUUAGUAGGAAAACCUUUUGUCAACAUUUUGAUCUUGCUAUAUUGACUUUAGAUUUAGUGUAAUGUUUGCUGGCUAGCUAAGAUUGAGAGGAAACCACCGGAUGGCUAACGUUAGCAUUGCUAGCUAUCAACAUUUCCAUCUGCAUAAAGGACAUUUGACAACAUCAUAAUGAUGGCAAAGUUGUUUCUUACUAAAUAUUUGCCUACUUUAGAAAUGACAUCGUAUAUCCACUAUAGUGUAAUUUAGACAAAACACUCAUUAGUCCCCGUUCAAAGUCAUUAGCCCACAUUCUACUUUUGGGUAUCAAUAUGGCUGUGACGUCUAGAACAUCGAUAACAAUGGCAAUGACACGGCCGAGUGACAGGCACAACUCAUACUGAACUGACCUCAGUGCCUCUUCUUACUGUGGAUAAAUUCAUUGAGAAACGUGCCUAUCUUUUCUUUCUGCCCUUUGUAUGUUAAAAAACACCGCUAACAAAAAAGAAAGCACUAGUCUUGUGCCAGUUGUUGUUUUAUAAUAGUACUGUUUUUGGACAUUGAAAGGAAAAUGCCUCCAGUUUCUACACCAGUCAAACCCAAAGGCAUCUGUCUUCCAGAAACCACUGAUCCAGUGGACUCACUGUCUCAGUUCGCUCUUUGCUACGAUGUCUUUUCUAUCUGGGGUAUUUUUCUCUCUUUGAUCAGAGAGAGAUCUUUGUUCCCAAAAAGCCUUCUGUCUAUUUAUUAAGAGCACUGGACAACCUACUGACCUUGCUUCUUAAUCAAAAUCAGGCCAAAUCAAUUCUAGAAAUGCCUUAAGAAAAUAUACCUUGACAUCUGUUGAUGACGGUAAUAAAAUGCAGUUGGGAUAGGUUACAUACUGCAACUGCCAUGUUUGCCUGUGAGGAGAGAGACAGACAAAGGUUCUUGGUGCUGACUCGAUGUCAUACUGAGUGAUUCAUUCUUGCCUUAUAUACCAAUGGAGGACCAGUAUCUAGAUGGGCUACAUCUCCUAGAUGGAGGGAUAUGCAUGCACGUUAUGUAGCAGUUAGUUCUAUCAAUAUCACAAACAUGUUUGUGUAUGCCUUUUUCAUCCAAUGCCUCCUCCCCAAAACCAUUGUUUUGACAUAGGUAAAUGAUCAGUACUGUAAUGUCAUUACAAACAUUGAUAAUGGGCACAUCAGCAACACUGUGAUUGUGGACUAUUUUCUAAAGGCCCCUCUAGGCAUUGUAGGUUACUUCAAUACUAGAUGUGUACUGUUACUGUCCAUUCUGUAUGUGGCCAUCUGACCACUGUAUCCUUGUAGACACCUGGUCUUUGGAACAGUUAAUGUUUGAUACUGUUAACGUUCUUGCUGCUUCUGAAAUGACAGCCUAUGCCCCACAGUAUAUAGUUCAAUUAUUUUGUUUAAUAGUAGUGCACUAUGGAAUAGUGUGCCAUUUCAGAGGCACUAUGAGUAGAUCUGGUUAAUCCAAGCCUUUCGCAUACUUGUAUAAAAAGAUGCCUUUCGUCUCAUCGCAUCAUUUACUAGUUAAUAUGUGAUCCGCCCAUAGAGAUAGAGGACUCAUCUCCAUAUAUCCAUCUAGUCUCUUCUCUAUCUAUCUCUAUAUAUCUCUGUAUCCAACCUAUCCUCAAAAUGAAACUGUUCAGUACAACAACAAAAUACUUAGUCCAUGUGGCCACAGAAUUUAAUAACUAUGAGAAAGAAGUAAUUAUUGUUUAACAAUGUUGAUGUUUAAAAUAUUAUUUGUUUUGUACACAGUAUGAUUCGGUCAAGAUUUUGUUUUGUAAGGGCAUGGAUUCAUCUGAAUCACCACUUUUUUAUUGGAAAUUUUUAAAUUGUAUGUACAAUUGUUUUUAAAGAUGACAUUUGCAACCUUCAGUAGAAUUGUAGAGGCAGAUACAUACUUUAGUUGUAUGAUGGGUAAAAUAAUACACAAAAAAACAUUUAUUUAAAUAUCUUCAAGAACACUAUAUGACACCAUACUGUCCCAAACAAAUGAUGUGCAAAACAAAUGUAGCAGGUGAGGAACGUUUAGAGAGGAACAACAUAUUUUUGUGGCGUUCUCCUUUAAACAGCACAGGCUACUCUCGAUUCACCCCUUCGAUCAGAGAAACACCACACAGAAACGGGAAUAUAUAUGCAACGUAUAUUUAGCAAGCUGGUUCUUGCUGUCUCUACAUAACAACCUGUGAUUUGUUUUUGUUAACUUUUUUUUUGGGGGGGGGGGGGCUUGUCAUCAUGGUAAUUCUUUGUAUGUAUGUCUGUCAAAAAGGAUAGUUAAAAAAGCAAAAUUGUGUGUAUAUGAUUUCUCAUGAAAUGUAAUGUACAUUUUUACAAAUAUCUCAGCCACUUUUUUUCUGUUCUUUUCAUGAUCGAUCUCAAUAUGCCUGUAUUAAAUGUGUAAUAUAUGAAUAUAUACAUGUGUAUAUAAAAAUGACUACUUAAAAUGGUG